CGCAGUACUACGCGGCUGAGUUCUUAGGGGUCCCUUCUUUUAGAUCCCGGGCGGCUGCCGCGGGCGGGACGCCCGGCUCGCCCACCAUGCUUCGGGGUCUGCGUCCUCGCGGGCCCAGGGCGGCAGCCCUGGCUGCGGCCGGGAGCUUCUGGGGGCCAGCCCACUUUCCGGGCCGCCUAGGGUGUCUGGGGAUGACAGGGAGGCUCGCGGUGCGGUCAGUGGCAGGGGCAGGUAGUCCCCAGAGCAGCCCGAAUAGCGGCAGAUACCGCGACACCGUGCUGCUGCCGCAGACCAGCUUCCCGAUGAAGCUGCUGGGCCAUCAGCAGCGGGACAUGGAGCUGGAGAUCCAGCAGAAAUGUGGAUUUUCAGAGCUUUAUUCCUGGCAAAGAGAAAGAAAAGUAAAGACGGAAUUUUGCCUUCAUGAUGGACCUCCUUAUGCAAAUGGCGACCCGCAUGUUGGGCAUGCUUUGAACAAGAUUUUGAAAGACAUUGCCAAUCGAUACCAUAUGAUGAGAGGUUCCAAAGUGCAUUUUGUGCCUGGCUGGGAUUGCCAUGGGUUGCCCAUUGAAACAAAAGUGCUGUCAGAGCUAGGUGUAAACGCUCAGACCCUGACAGCCAUGGAAAUCAGAGAGAAAGCUAGAUCAUUUGCUAAAGCAGCCAUUGAAAAGCAGAAGUCAGCGUUUGUUCGUUGGGGAGUAAUGGCAGAUUGGAAUAACUGCUAUUAUACAUUUGAUGCAAAGUAUGAAGCCAAACAGCUGAGGAUAUUUUACCAAAUGUAUGAUAAGGGCUUGGUUUAUCGAUCUUAUAAACCAGUGUAUUGGUCUCCCUCAUCAAGGACUGCGUUGGCUGAAGCCGAACUUGAGUACAAUCCUGAGCAUGUUAGUCGGUCGGUAUACGUAAGAUUCCCUCUCUCAAAACCUCCUCCUAAGUUGGAAUCUCUUACAGAUGCCUCAUCUCCUGUUAGUGUUUUAGUCUGGACCACCCAGCCUUGGACAAUUCCAGCCAAUCAGGCUGUUUGCUAUAUGCCAGAGGCAAAGUAUGCCGCUGUGAAAUGUUCCACUUCUGGAGCCAUCUACAUCCUGGCUGAAGAUAAGAUACCAGCUGUUGCUUCUACCCUGGAAACAACAUUUGAAGUUAUUUCAACGUUUUCAGGUGUGGAUCUGGAAGGUGGUUCGUGUAGCCACCCUUUAAUUCCUGAUAAAGGGUCUCCUCUUUUACCUGCCACUCACGUGACUAUGGCCAAAGGAACAGGAUUGGUUCACACAGCCCCAGCUCAUGGUAUGGAAGAUUACAGCGUAGCAUCUCAGCACAACCUCCCUAUGGACUGCUUGGUGGAUGAAGAUGGGAUGUUCACUGAUGCUGCGGGCCCUGAACUUCAGAACAAGGCUGUACUUGAGGAGGGAACAGAUGUGGUUAUAAAGAUGCUUCAGACUGCAAAGAAUUUGUUGAAAGAAGAGGAAGUGGUACAUAGCUAUCCCUGUGACUGGAGAACUAAAAAACCUGUGGUGGUUCGAGCCAGUAAGCAGUGGUUUAUAAACAUCACAGAUAUCAAGACCACAGCUAAGGAGUUGUUAAAAACAGUGAAGUUUAUUCCCGGAGCAGCACUGAAUAGCAUGGUUGACAUGUUGGACAGGCGGCCAUACUGGUGCAUAUCAAGGCAAAGAGCUUGGGGUGUUCCAAUUCCUGUGUUUCAUCAUAAGACAAAGGAUGAAUAUUUGAUCAACAGCCAAACCAUCGAGCAUAUUACUAAACUAGUGGAGCAGCGUGGCAGCGACGUCUGGUGGACCCUCCCCCCUGCGCAGCUUCUCCCGGAGGAAGUCGUAGAGCAGGCUGGUGGUCCAGAUGCUUUGGAGUACGUGCCAGGGCAGGAUAUUUUGGACAUCUGGUUUGAUAGUGGAACUUCAUGGUCUUGUGUUCUUCCAGGCACUGAACAGAGGGCAGAUUUGUACCUGGAGGGGAAGGACCAGCUGGGGGGCUGGUUCCAGUCUUCCUUACUAACGAGCGUGGCCACAAGGUCAAAAGCACCUUUCAAGACAGUGAUGGUUCAUGGAUUUACGCUUGGAGAAAAAGGAGAAAAGAUGUCCAAGUCCCGCGGGAAUGUCAUUAACCCUGACACUGUCAUCAAUGGAGGAAAAGAUCACAGCAGAGAGCCUCCCUAUGGAGCUGAUGUCCUGCGCUGGUGGAUAGCUGAAUCCAACGUCUUCACUGAAGUGACCAUUGGCCCCUCUGCACUCAGUGCUGCCCGAGACGACAUAAACAAGCUUAGAAACACACUCCGCUUUCUCUUGGGAAAUGUGGCCGAUUUUAACCCAGAGACAGAUUCUGUUCCUGUCAAAAAUAUGUACAUCAUAGACCAGUACAUGCUGCACUUGAUCCAGGAUUUUGCGACAAAGAUCACUGCCUCGUACAAAGAGUAUGAUUUUGGAAAAGUUGUCAGGCUGUUAAAAGCAUUCUACACCAGAGAACUCUCCAGCUUUUACUUCAGCAUAGUCAAGGAUAGGCUCUACUGCGAAGGCGAGAAGGAUCCCAAGCGGCGCUCCUGCCAGACUGCACUGGCAGAGAUUCUGGAUGUGUUGGUCCGUUCUUUUGCCCCCAUUCUUCCUCACUUGGCAGAAGAGGUGUUCCAGCACAUCCCAUAUGUUAAAGAACCCAAGAGUGUUUUUCGAACUGGCUGGAUUGAAACAUGCUCUAUCUGGAAGAAGCCAGGACUGGAGGAGGCCGUGGAGAGUGCUUGUGCCAUGCGAGAUUCCUUUCUUGGUAGCAUCCCUGGCAAAAAUGCCGCCCUGUAUGAAGUUUUCAUAGUGAUUGAGCCGGGGCUACUGUUUGAAAUGAUGGAGAUGCUCCAGGCCAAGGAGACCUCUAGCACAUCUCAGCUGAAUGAGUUGAUGAUGGCCUCCCGAACAACACUUCUGGCUCAGGAGCCACGGGAGAGAGCUGAAGAUGGCAUUGAGCUUACAGGGACAUUCCUCAUCAAUCUAGAAGGUGGUGACAUUCGUGAGGAGUCUUCGUAUAAAGUCAUUGUCGUACCAACUGCCAGAGAAAAGUGCCCUCGAUGUUGGAAGCACACCGCUGAGACUGCAGAUACCCUCUGUCCUCGGUGUGCAGAUGUCAUUGGUGCAAAGUAGCACUCUGAUGUUAACAGCUCUGUGAGCGAUAACCCUCCUCACAGUACUGACUGGGGUGGAUCAGAACCCUAGAAAGAAAUCCGAGGCUUAGGUAAGGAAUGCAAGAGUAAGUGGUAAAAGAUGGAGUAAAAAUCAGAAAAUCAAAAGGAGUAUUAUUUCCUGUAACUUCAGAAAUAAUGUAUAUAUAUACACAUGGAUAUAUAUAUAUAUAUAUAUAUAUUAUAUAUAUAUAAUGCGCAGACACAUAUAGAAGGCAGGCACACACUCAUAGACUUCCUCAGAGACAGACACUGAAUAUGGUUACUUGCAAUGUGGCCAAGCAGAAUGUUUUAUAUUUUAUUAAAACUUUUUUGACUCAGUAUUUAAAUUCUGUGAUGUCUGAAAAUAAAGGCAUUCUGGGAAACUCCCAACUGAUGAUGGUCUACAUGGUGUAGACGUUGUGGAUAAUGAGGAGUAUUUGGAGGGGAAUGCAGUCGUGUGCCCCUACAAGGUGAAGGGAGUCAAUUCAUUCUGCCCUCUAGCAAACAUCAAGUUUCUAAAGCAGCAGGAUUUUGAAAUGUACUACAAAGAAUAUCACCAAAUUUAUUUUUCAAGAGGGGAGAAAUCUUUGUUCUUACAUGUAUGAAUGUUGAGGAAAUAACAUGAAAGCUAAAAAUUUAUUUCACUAAUAUACAUAGGUUCACAAUAAUGAACAGACACGGGAAAAAACAUAUAUACGGAAUCACUACUUACAAUAGAUUGACAGUAGGUAAAUAAUAGAGCAUUUUUAUAAACAAUCCAAUACUGGAUUGAUCUUUCAGGGAUGGCUAAUCUACUAAGUAGAAUCUAGCCUCCCAGCAAACCUGUCCCUAUGAGGUGAGAGGGCUUUCACUGUUUCUAUGCUGCACUAUAAGAUAUUUGUUUCUGAAUGAAAUGGAUCACAGCAACUUCUGAGUGAGCGCUAUAAUUGAUGUAAGCUUAUUGUCACUAAGUCUUACUUUUCUAUGAUUUUAAGUCACAAGUAAUCAGAUUUUAAGAAGCUACUUAAAAGUAGCAGACUUUACACUGACCUUUGAUAAACUUUUCUAACAGGUAAAGUUCUUUUCUCUUUGCAAAAGUGUGAAGCAUUGGAAAGCAUGGUACUAUGUACUGCUGUAUCUACAUUUGUCCUAGUCCUCCACUUCUCCAUCUAAACUCAACCUGGAAUCGAGAUGUUAGGGUUGUUUAAAUAGUUUUAUUAACAAGGUAGAAAUACGUGAUGUAAGGAGAGGGGAAGCCUCUAAGGACACACUUCUGGUUACAGGCAUGUGCCAUGCCCUUAUUGCAGGGACAACAGCCGGAUGUCAGAACCUAACUUCUUUAUUUGUGGCACUUUGCUGUUAGAGAAUGGAUACAUACAUGUUAAUUUUUCUUUCUUGCCAGAUUUUAAAAGCCCUUACUGAAGUAGACGAUAUUUUACUGCUUCUGUUAAACAAAUCUCAGGAUUUAGUUUUAAAAUUCUAUGUAUUUUAUAUUUUUUUUAAUGAUAAAUCUAACCAGAGACUUAA